AUGUUACCUUUAUAUCUGUUGACAAAUGCCAAGGGGCAGCAGAUGAGUAUAGAGCUAAAGAAUGGUGAGGUCGUCGAAGGUGAACUGACGAAUGUAGAUAACUGGAUGAAUUUGACACUUUCCAACGUUACGCAGUACGAGUCUACAGGAGAAAGCGGGGUCAAGACAACAGAAGUUUAUCUAAGAGGGACUUACAUCAAAUACAUCAAGAUGAGCGACUCGAUAAUCGACCAGGUUAAGCAGCAAAUUAACAGCAACCACGGCAAUGCCAACGGUGGAAACAGAAGAAAUAAUAAAUACAAUAAUGCGGGCAGUGGACCUGGGCAGAACGGCAACUACAGAAGGAAUAACCAGAACAGAAAGCCAUAUAACUCAAAUGCGGGUAACCAGCGUCGGUACAACCAGCAUCCAAGGCAACAGCAGCAGUACCAGCAGCAGGGCGCACAAAGCAAUGGAACGGGCGGCUAUGUACAACAGCAUCAAUCGUUAAACAGCAAUGUAGAAUUUUAG